CGCAGUAGUGAGUUCACGUCGCGUUCACACGUAAUAAGCUUUCUCGUGAUCGAGCUUUUGUAAUAUUUUAUUAUUCAGUGUUAUCAAUAUCAUAAUUACCAAGAUUUAUUGAUCCGCUAGCGUCUGUUGUUUUCGAUUCAGUGUGAGUGUCUGUGCUGUGUACAAGUAAUAACAAAACAAUAAAGUUAACAGUCUUGUGCCAUUAGGAAUCUAUUUGACUAACUGAUGGUUCAGUAUUUCGGAAUGCCCGGACACAUUUGAAUUUACAUCAGAGAAACAGACGUGGCUUGGCGCGGUGACUGGCGGGCCGCGUCAUGGGUAACAAAUGCUGCAGCCGCCGACAUGAUCCCGACAGACCUUUGGUAUACCCGGCGUACAAGAAGAACGAGGCGGGUUUCACCACCUGCCCCUCGCUGGAGACGAGGUAUACCGGCGAGCCCAACAACCGCGCCGUUUCCAGGCGCCCAGCUGACAUAGUAAGGACGAGAAACCCGGGAGCAUGUAUAUCCAACGGCGGUCGUCGAGUGGUCAAGGCGCUAUGCGCGUAUUCCGCCCGUGCGGAGUCCGACAUCUCGUUUCGGAAGGGCGACCGCAUGGAGGUGCUGAGCGACGCGGAGCCGGACUGGUGGCGGGUGCUGCACCUCACCACGCGCCGCGAGGGCCUCGUGCCCGCCAACUUCGUGGCCGAGGAGAGCUCCGUGGAGUGCGAGGAUUGGUUCUUCCCGCACGUGUCCAGAAAGGAGGCUGACAAGCUACUGCUAGCAGAGAUCAACCCUCGAGGCACCUUCCUAGUGCGUCCGGCAGAGCACAAUCCGCACGGGUUCAGCCUUUCCGUCAAAGACUGGGAGGAGGGAAGAGGCUACCACGUGAAGCAUUAUAAGAUCAAGCCGCUCGAUAAUGGCGGAUUCUACAUCGCGACGAAUCAGACGUUCCCGAGUUUGCCGGCGCUGGUUAUGUCUUACACGAUUGCAGAGAACGCGCUAGGGCUGUGCCACGUGCUGGCCCGGCCGUGCCCCAAGCCCGAGCCCCAGAUGUGGGACCUGGGCCCCGAGCUGCGCGACAAGUGGGAGAUCCCCCGGGCACAGAUACAGCUCAUCCGGAAACUGGGGCAGGGGAACUUCGGAGAGGUUUACUAUGGGAAGUGGUGUAAUAAUAUUGAGGUUGCCGUAAAAACACUGCGAGAAGGCACAAUGUCCAAGCAAGCGUUCCUUCAGGAGGCAGCCAUCAUGAAAAAGUUCAGACACAAACGUCUAGUCGCUUUAUACGCAGUCUGCUCGACACAGGAGCCUGUCUAUAUCGUCCAAGAAUACAUGUGCAAGGGCUCCCUCCUAGAAUUCCUCAGAAAUGGCGAAGGGAAAGCCCUCCACUUCGAAGACCUAGUCUACAUAGCCGCCCAAGUCGCCUCAGGCAUGGAGUACCUAGAAUCCAAACUCCUAAUCCACAGAGAUUUAGCGGCUCGCAACGUGUUAAUAGGUGACAACAAUGUAGCGAAGAUCUGUGAUUUCGGCUUAGCUAGAGUGAUAGAAGACAACGAGUACUGCCCCAAACAGGGAUCGAGAUUCCCUGUAAAAUGGACGGCGCCCGAAGCGAUCAUUUACGGCCGAUUCUCCAUAAAAAGCGACGUUUGGUCGUAUGGUAUUCUUCUUAUGGAACUGUUCACGUAUGGCCAGAUACCGUACCCGGGUUUGCACGGAAAGGAGGUCAUAGAGCAAGUGGAAAGAGGGUACAGAAUGCCCAAGCCCGUCGGACACUACCUACCAGACGACAUCUAUAGACUAAUGCUGCAGUGCUGGGAUGCCAUACCAGAGAAACGGCCGACUUUCGAAUUCCUAAAUCACUACUUCGAAUCCUUCACAGUGACGAGUGAAAUACCGUACAGAGAAGUGCAAGACUAAGCUGUGAUAUAGUGAAUCGUUCCGGUUAGACCGCAUAGUGCUAGUUACUCCGGACCAAAGUGCAAGUGAUUUAACUGGAAGUGUAACCUUAGCGAAUUGUCACGUUGAACUCACAGAGGUGAUUACAUUUUGUCAUAAAACAUGCAGCCGCUUCGUAAAGUUUUGCCACGGGUACAAAAAUUUGAAAUAUUAAAAUAAGAAAAAAUAUACUUUUUUGGUGGGCAACAUUUUAUAUUUGCUAUGCAUAUUGAAUGUGACAUUUUUUGGCAAUAUUAUGACAAAAAUGUAAUUAUAACCUCAAUGAAUGUAGUUUUGUAACGAGCUGCACAGACUGCUAUUUUCCAUUAACAUUUAACUUAAAACAAACUACAGGAAAGUGAGCUUGUCAUGUUAAUUAUCAGCCAUCUUGUUAUUUUGGUGCGAGAAAGGGUUGCCGUUACAAAAAAUCUUUAAUUGUUGCCAAAACAUAAUAUUGAUGCUGAUUGUUUGAUAUUAUUUUCGUGAAAUGCAGAUUCAUGGCUACCCUAAAAACAUCACAAUCAUUUUAUAAUUUUAAAAAUUUACUAUAUUUAGCUUAGGCACAUUUUAGAGUGUUAUUUUGCAUAUGUACAAACUCACUAUUAUAAGCAAUAGGUGUAAAUCAAAAUUAGAAUACACAAUAUUUUCAUAUUCCAAAUUCAAAAUAUGUGAUAUUUUAUCACGUAAG